GGCGCGCUGAUUGGUAGCAGCUCCCGGAAGGGCCUGGCCGGCGCCGAGGGAGGCCGUGACUCCUGGUCGCCAUGGCCACAGCAACGGACCAGGUGGUUGGAUUUGGCUUGGUCGCCUUCAGCCUCGCUCUCUUUGUUUACUACACCCUCUGGAUCAUCGUACUGCCCUUCAUCGACAGUGACCAUGGGAUCCACCGGUACUUCUUGCCUAGGGAGUAUGCGGUUAUCAUCCCCGUGGUGGCCGGGCUGCUGCUGCUGCUAUUUAUAGGCGUUUUUAUCAUGGUUGUGAUGUGGAAGAGCAAGAAGCCUGCCAAGAAAUCGGACUGAAGUCCCAGCUGAGAGAGAUAAGAAGGCACCCACCCUGUUGCAAUAUAGCCAGGAAAAGAUCUUGCCUGCAGCGCCAGGCAGCACCUCCCCCAGAGCGCCCAGCGUGAGCUGGCUGCACUCUACUGCGUUCCUUCCUGCACAGGCGAAGCCUUCUGUAGUUUACAACUUUACUGACCAAAGUGAAGAAAAACUGACCUCCGGGGCUUAUCAAGAGAGGGACCAGAGCCGUGGCCGGGAGGGACCUGCUCCCCAGCUGGGGAUGCCUGUACCGGCCCGUGCUGGCUGGAGGGGCUGUGGGAGUGUGGCAGCUGUAAUGGCCAGAGUGAGAUUUAAGCUCUGACCCCUGCUAGCUGCUCUGCCUCUGGGUAAUCCUUCCCCUUUGCUCUUGCUGUGUCCAGUAGUUUGUUCCUUCUGGGGUUUUCUAAAAUGUUUACAUACAGUUUGUGGGUUUUUUUUAAUUGGGCUCAAGAUUGAGAGGAAAGAAACAAGGCUGAGCUUGGAAAAGGCAGGCUUGCAGUCCUCACUUGCCUGCUGGAAGGACUAAUCGUGGUGCUGGUGAGCUCUCGCCUUUUUGAAUAGGGGCGCCUGUGAGGCCAGGCGUGCAGAGGACACAGGGACAGUGCCACUGCUGCCCUCUGCGUCCCCUCCUGGGGUCAUCCAGCUAAGGGGAUGGCAAGGAGAUGCCCUGGGUCACGAGGAAGCAUUUGGCUCCACCACUGGUGGGUGCGGCUCUGCACAGUGGAGGUUCCUGACCCAGGACAAGGCUCUGCACAGUGGCUGGGCUGGGGCUGAGCAGGCAGGCGUGGUGCCACCCUGUUCUUUCACCCAGGGUUUCCUCUCCUGGCAGUGGCUGCUACCCCAGACCACAAUGAGCAGGAUCACCCUCAAUAAAGGUCUGCCAAGUCUUGG